ACAGCACUCCGAGCGAGCGCAGAAAUGUAACGUUUUCUGCCUCUCCGUUCACAAUUACAAAUCUUAUCAGCGCUUCCCAUCUCGCGCAUCGACCUCGCUCCUCACGUGUGUGCAGCGGAGGUCUCACGACGAGCGCCUCGCGGAACGUUUGUAUCCCGCUUUAAUUAUUCAGAAAGUGGUUUAAUACAAGGACAUAUUCUGUGAGAGGAACCCACUGCCGUGAACAUGAACUCGACAAGAAAUUACAAACCAAGCAUGGUCAUUCUGAUGCUGGCCGUAUUUGUUUGUGUGGUGGUCGCACGAGGGCAAGGUUCUUUUAUGGAUGGGAGGUUAGCAGUCACCCAAAGAGGAGGUCAGCCGGAGGCAGAAGAUGGGUCCAACCCAUACCACACUACACAGGACCCCGAGAGAGACCUGCCCCUGUUCACCACUGCUCCCCCUUUCAUUAGCCUCGGCCACCAUCCGCCUUAUAAGCCCUUCCUGCCUUACAACCCCCGGCGCCAAAGCCAUGAUCAGUACUUUCAGGACAGUGGAGGGGUGGCUCAUCAUCCCACAAUGCCAUCCGCUCCAGCCCAUCACCUCCAAGAUCCAUCCACUCAGCUGGUCCCACACAAGGACACACCUUCAUUCUCUGAUGUAACGACUUCCAGACCCACCACACUGGCACCAUCUUCUGCUGCCCUCAUGCAGCCACACAUAUCCAGCAUCCAGAAUGAACCUUCAGCAGAAACACAAAAGGAAAGUUCCAAGGAGCCACCUGUGUUCAUGACCACAGGAUCACUGAUCAAUGAUGCUCAAACAUCCAAUGAAAUACAUUUAGAUGGAGGGGGCAUCACUGUGUCUUCCAAAAAUGGGCCCAAACAUGCAAAUAAUAAAGAAAAGGCAUCAAAAAUCAAGAUGGAACAUUAUGCUCCAAGAAGUGAUGUCGCUGCAACAGCAUCAUCUGCAGAUUUGGAUGACGAGACUACCACCUCCACCAUCAUCACCACGACGGUUAUUACAACCAUGCAGACACCAGCUCUGUGCAGCAGCAAUUUCACAGCGCCGGGAGGCUACAUAGAGACACCACAGCCAGCCAAGAGUUGGUACAAUACAAAUGUGGACUGCACGUACACUGUGACCAUCUACAUGGGCUAUGGGGUGGAAAUUCAGGUGAUGAAUGUAAGCCUGGCUGAAGGUGACGUUGUCAGAUUUGAAGACCUGGGCAGCUGGGAGCCUUCUGUGCUGGCCAACGAGUCUAUCUUGUUGAAGGGUCUGGUGGUACGCAGCUGGAGCAACCAAAUCUCCAUCCAUUACCGUAGCCGGCAGCCGCAGUCCAGCUCCUUGCUUCUGCGUUACCAAGCCUUUGUGUUGAGCUGUAACUUCCCUGAUAGACCAGCUUAUGGGGAUGUGUCCGUGACCAGCCUUCAUGCGGGGGGAGAGGCCUAUUUCUACUGCUUCAAUGGAUACAAGCUCCAGGGUCCCUCCACCCUUACGUGCCGCAAUGCUACCACACCCUACUGGAGUGGAAAUGUGCCCCGGUGUCUUGUGGCCUGCGGUGGAAUGAUGAAGAAUGCAACUCUCGGUCGCAUUGUGUCCCCUGGUUUCCCUGGCAACUACAGCAACAAUCUGACCUGCCACUGGGUGCUGGAGGCCCCUGAGGGUCAAUGGCUCCAUGUACACUUUGAGAAGGUGGCCCUCGCGGAAGAUGAUGACAGGUUUCUGAUCAAAAAUGGUAACCACAUCGACUCACCAAUUCUAUACGACUCAUAUGAGGUGGAAUACCUGCCAAACGAGGGAAUUGUCAGUUCCUCCAGACAUUUCUUCGUGGAGUUUACAACAGAUAGCUUCGGCACCAACACUGGGGUAGCCAUCAGAUAUGAAGCUUUUGCGGCAGGACAUUGCUACGAGCCAUUUGUCAAGUACGGCAACUUCACCACCACUGACAGCACCUACGCUGUAGGCACGGUUGUGGAGUUCACCUGUGACCCCGGCUACACCCUAGAGCAGGGCUCCGUCAUCAUCGAGUGCAUGGAUCCCAGCAACCCUCAAUGGAAUGAGACUGAGCCCGCCUGCAGAGCUGUAUGCAGUGGAGAGAUCACUGAUUCAGCUGGGGUGGUGUUGUCACCAAACUGGCCUGAAGCCUACGACAAAGGCCAGGACUGCAUCUGGGGGAUCCAUGUUGAAGAAGACAAGAGGAUGAUGCUAGACAUCCAAGUUCUCCACAUGGGCAAGAAUGAUGUGCUGACGUUCUAUGAUGGAGAUGACCUGACUGCAAAGAUACUGGGCCAGUACAGUGCCUCCAGGCCUCAUUUCAAACUCUACACCUCCAUGGCUGAUGUCACUAUCCAGUUCCAAUCAGACCCCGCCACCAACAUCUACGGCUACAACAAUGGUUUUGUGGUACACUUUUUCGAGGUUCCUCGUAAUGACACAUGUCCAGAGCUCCCAGAGAUCUCUAAUGGAUGGAAGACCACAUCUCACCCUGACCUGGUGCAUGGCACGGUGGUGACAUAUCAGUGUUACCCAGGAUUCGAGGUGGUGGGCACUGAAUUGCUGAUGUGUCAGUGGGACCUGACCUGGAGCGGAGACCUGCCCAGCUGUGAAAGAGUUCUGUCAUGUGCAGACCCAGGCACAGUGGAGCACAGUCGCAGGGUGAUGUCAGGGCCACGUCUCAUCGUGGGCUCCACUGUGCAGUACAUCUGCAACAAAGGGUACUCAUUGUCGGGUAACAGCCUUCUCUCAUGCUACCACCGUGACUCCACCGGCCCCAAAUGGAGCGAGAAACUGCCGAAAUGCAUUCCUGAUACAUUGGAGCUGUGCAGGAAUCCUGGGACUCCCGCCUAUAGCAUCCAGAGUUCAGAGAAGCAUGUGUAUCAGGCAGGAGAGACUCUGCGGUUCUCCUGUCUGAGCGGGUAUGAGCUCCAGGGUGAACCUGUUCUCAGCUGUAUCCCUGGGCACCCUUCCAAAUGGAGCCAUUCACCCCCACUGUGCAAAGCUAUCACUUCUCUCCCAGCUGUGACACUGGAGUACAUAGAUGAACGCAGGCUAGAUGUGGCCAGUGCAGACUUCAGUGUGGAGGGAGCCAGUGUGGCUGUUUCCAUUUUCAUCCCAGUGGCAAUAAUCAUGAUUAUCAUCAUGUCAAUAUAUUUCUACUUUUCAAGGGUGCAGGGGAAAUCACUACGCCUGUCCAUGUCCACAUCACCAAAAUAUGACCACAUCAGAGGAGAGCCAGCUUUUGAAACCCCCAUUUAUGAGACUGCAAACAAUGAGGUUAGAUUUUCUGAAACCUUGUCUGUCAAAAGUAUUAGACUGCAAUGUGGUCUUUUCCCUCUGCCUGCUGGUUCUAGCUUGUGAUACAGACUCCAGGUUAUUCACACCUCUCAAGUGCUAUACUAGUGUCUAUCCAGACCUCGCUGUGGUGUAGCACUCAUAACCCAGUCCCUGCAGCACUCACUGCUUGCAUAUACUAACCAGCUCGAAAACAGUUUCUGGCCCCAAGGGCUCAGUCUGUGUUUGAAUGUUUCUAAGUGUGUGGCUAGCCAGAGCAUGUGUUUAUGUGUGACUGUUCCUCCUGCACUGAAGCUUUGUACUCACAUUAAGUGUGUCAGUAAGUAAAAACAAUGGAAACAUAGGGUCAUGAGCACCUCUCUCUCGAAAACGAGAUUAAAACGAGAUGAAUAGAAAACUGACAGUCUAGAUCUGUAAUAAAUAGACUAGUAUUGUCUAUUUACCAUUCAUCCACUGAUUCAAAGGUUGAAUCAGGCUGAGCACCAUUCUUGUUGUGGAAUUUUCCAUUCGAUUUAAAAGUGCAAUUAGCAAAAUUUGCCAUUUGGCAAAAUUAACAUUAGCACUUUUUGCUAAUUGCUAAACCUUCAAACAUAAAUUAAUACAUUUUAUUUAAAAACAAAAACAAUAAAUGAUGUACAUUCACAUGAGAUGAAGACUCUUGUCAAAUCAGUCUUAGAGAAAAAGCUGCUUUAUUCUACAUUUGGUGCUGGACGCACAUUCAUGAGUGCUGCCAUCUUGAAAUUACAUGACCAGAAUAUUACUAAUUUUAUUUUGAUAAUCCCCAGUUAUUGGCGUCAUGAUGUGAAUAGUGCAUUUCUACCAUGGCAUGAUGAUGCAUCUAUGCUGCUAAGUGUCAGCGCAGAGUAAACAAAACCCAUUUGAGACGGCUUUAGAACUAUACUUUAUAAAAAUUGUAUUCCCAUAGUCAUCUACUUUGUUCAUUUAUUGGAUCACAAUUUAAUCUCCAAAAUCAUACAUUGUUUUUCCCAAAAAUUACUCAAAAGUUUUGGUAUUUCCUCUAACUUUCAUCAUGUUUCCAUUGCUGUUUAUUAUUUUUUAGGCAUUUUCACACUUAAGUUGCAUGGUAUUUUUGAUUUAUACAGAGACCUAUGAUUCAAACCAGCCACCAGAGGUACUCUCUAGGAUUCUGUUGUAAAGAAAGAGCCUGUAAGGAGAGUUGAUCAAUGGAGUAGCAUCACAUGGACAAGGCCGAGAAGGUUUGAACCACGGGUGUAGGGUGUCUCCAUCUUUCGUCUCUGUCUUUCGAGUUACAAUGAUGUUAUGACAUGUCCCUUCCCCUCACAAAGUUGCCCACUGCUUUCAUUUUUAUUCAUUAUGUAUAUGUGCAUAUAAAUGCUAAAUAUUGAUAUACUUUGGUGUGUUUUUGUUUGUUUGGUAUGCAGGAUACAAGAGAAUAUGAAGUCUCCAUUUAAAUACAACAAAGCUAAUUUUAGCAUGGAGGACCGCCUGCCUAGCUUUUCAUCCUUUCCCAUCUGCUGUAAAUAUUGCCUUGAUUCUGAGGACUUCCGUAAGCGAAAAGUGUGGACAACAUGAUAUUAUUUUUGUAGAGCUUCGAUUGCCAUGGCCUAGCAGAAUUGUUUGUACAGUUUUUACCCUUAAUUGAGCCAAAUUAAAUAAGGAAUAAAAAAAUGACUGAAAAUGGGGAAUUCAUGUAAUUUAGCUGAUUGAUGCCUCUUUAAACAGAUUUAUUUAUUUAUGUUCUUGAUUGUUGCGCUCUUGUUACCUCUCAACACCCGGAAAUAAUUUAUGGCCUGAAAGGGCAUCAAUGGUGCAUCUAGAGUAUAAAAAUACAGUUUGUGGCUUAUUCAGAUGAGUUUGCAACAAAUGUAUUGAUAAUCAUAACAUUUGACACCUAAAUUACAUGCUGGGAAAAAUGAACACAAUUAUGUAAAACACAGCAACCAUUAAACAAUAAAACUUAUGCAUGGAUAACAGUUUAUUAUUAAUAUAUUUUUUCCACACAUCAUGAAAAUUAUAUGUUUAAUUACAAGAGCUGUAAGUAGCAACCUUCAAAUGACAUCUGCCAGUUUUAUGAAAUUUAGUGUUUUGCAUGGGGACUGGUCUGGUACAUGUUUCUGUAUCCAUAGAUGUUAAGUGGGUCCCUAUUUCGUCGCUCUGAAGCCUUUACAUUAUCCUUAGUUAAAAGUAGUCUGUGUGUACAGUAACAGACUAAGACUGUUGGGAAAUUGGUCUCUACUUGCGCUAAAUUUCGCCUUUGGCUGAAUAAGCCAAAAGUAAUAAAUAUAUAUGUACAGCAAGUUCUUGUAAAUCAUCCCUCCUUCACUGAUCAAUUUGCUCUGAAUUUUUCUUUUUUUUUUUCAGUUUAUUUUUGUAUGUUUUUAUACAUAUGAUAGAACAAAAGAACAAUUGACUGUACUCUUUCAGCAGGCAUUCUUAAUCUAUAAAUAUCUAAGAAUGUACAUACAAUUUUUAUUAUGGCUUAACUGUAUGUAUAUAUGAGGUUUAUCUAUUAUAGAAUAGAUCAAUGUUCAUCAUUUGAUACUGUCUUUCAACAUCAAUGAUAUGGAUCAUCUAAAAGCAAUUAUGUACAUGUUCUCCAUAAGAAUGUUGUCCAUAUUGGAAACAUUGUCAUUUCAAUGUAAUUACCAAAAGCUGACAAAAACAUCAUUGUUUGUCAUGUGACACGUGACAGACUUGCAUCAUGGAUGUACAGUAUGCUUCAGUGUUUCACUGUCUCCAAUUGAAAAACUGAGUUUUGGGAACCUAAGAAACAACAUUUAAUGGAUUUAUGACUUAAAAGUCUCACAGAAUUCAGAGCAGAAUAAAUUAAUUCCUUGACCAUCCUCAAACUUAAAUAUUCAUGAUUCAAGAUUAUAUACUGUAUAUAUUUUUUGCUUUAUUGUACUGUAAUUAUUUACCACAUUGUCAGAGCAUAUCUUCAAUUAAAAAUGAUAUUCCAUCA